UGAUCUUCAACAUCUUCCGCUCUAUAUAGAAUGAAUGCAAUGCAAUCGAAUCGCUUAGUUUUGUUUUGAUAGCGAAACCGUUUGGAUGGAAAAGCAAGCUACAUACAUAUACAGCUAAUGCAUUCGCUAGAACAUAUCGCAACGAUUGUUAGUCAUCAAUGAAGUGUUGACAAUAUCGGUUAAAUCGGUAGACAAGAUAAUUAAGUGUAAAUAAGUGACAAAUUGGUUAAUUUACACCAUGAGACUACACUUUUUAUCGUGUUUCUGUGUUCGGUGUGUUUUCUACUAUUUUUUUGCGGCCACAAUCUGAUUGUGUAUCAUAAAUAAAACCGCCCGAAAACAACGAAAAUACUCAUAAAUAUACAGCGUAAGCGAUAAACAAAGUAACAAGAAGAAUACGACAGCCGAUACACUCGAGAUUAUAGCAAACAACUCGCGCAUAUAGCACGCACUUAAAAAACACACACAAACAAAAAAACAAGAGAGAAAAGUGAAGUGAAUACGUAAAAAUAACGCGAGAAAUUCAAAAGCAAACGGCGAUGGUCCCAUGUUAUUAUGGUUACAUUGGGGCCAUCUUGACAUUAGCCGUUUUAAUGUCAAUAGAAUGCAUUUAUGCAUCCCCCACAUCAAGCAAUGGAAUUAAUUCAAACGCACUACCCGAGGAUCCUGAAUUUACAGAUGUCAUAGAAAACAUCACUGUGCCGGCAGGACGCAAUAUAAAAUUAGCUUGCUCCGUGAAAAAUUUGGGAUCAUACAAGGUCGCAUGGAUCCACUUUGAACAAUCGGCUAUUUUGACAGUACACAACCAUGUAAUCACCCGAAAUCCACGGAUCAGUGUGACGCAUGAUAAACACGAUAAGCAUCGUACAUGGUUUUUACACAUAAACAAUGUCAAAGAGGAGGAUCACGGCCGAUACAUGUGCCAAAUAAACACCGUAACAGCGAAGACGCAAUUCGGCUUCGUUCAUGUUGUAGUGCCGCCAAAUAUCGAAGAUUCACUUACAUCAACCGAUGUUGUAGCCCGGGAAGGGUCGAAUGUGACUCUAAAAUGCAAAGCAUCGGGCAGUCCUGAACCAAUGAUAAAAUGGAAGAGAGACGACAACAAUAAAAUAUCAAUUAGCAAAGGCUUAAGUGUGACCGAAUGGGAAGGUGAAGUUUUGGAAAUAGCUCGAAUAUCGCGUCUCGACAUGAGUGCGUAUCUGUGUAUUGCAAGUAACGGGGUACCGCCAAGCGUUUCCAAACGUAUAAAGUUAAGCGUCGAUUUUCCGCCGAUGGUGUGGAUUCCCCAACAACUCGUCGGGACACCCGUUGGAUACAACAUUUCGCUUGAAUGUUUCAUUGAAGCAUAUCCAAUAUCGUUAAAUUAUUGGUCAAAGGAUGACAGCGAUAUGAUACACGAUUCCAGCAAGUACAAAACUGAAACCGUUAUCAAUCGGCCAUCGUACAAGUCAACGAUGCGCCUAACUAUCACCAAUGUUAAAAAGGAUGACUAUGGAAUGUACAAAUGUGUUGCGAAAAAUCCGCGUGGUGAAACAGAUGGCACAAUUCGUCUUUAUUCAUCGAGUCCGCCGACCACAAUGGCACCACCGUCAACUACCACAUCAGAGCGGCCAUUGCACGAAAAUCAACCGAAAAAUAUUUUCGAAGCGCCGAUUUUCCGCCAAAGGGAUAGGGAUAACAAUACCAUUCAAUUCACCGACAAAGGUUUAAAAUAUCAAUCGAAUCUUAACGAAAUCGAUAAAUCCGAACAAAAGUCACAAGUGGACAGUUCGAGUAAAGUAUUCGAAUGGCCUUCAAAAGAUGAAGCAAAUGUUGACAGUGGCGCCUCGGUUAUUAAUGGCGUGCAAAGAGUGUCGCAAUCAAUCAGCACCUUCGAAAAAUUCCGAAUUCUGAUAAUUUUAAGUAUUUUAACAAUUGCAAUGACAUAAUCAUUAAUUUCUUUGUUAUUAGCCUAAAAUGAACACACACGCAUAAAUGAGCUCACACAAUAAACACACACAAUUACCAACUAACAAAUAUUUAUGCAAAACAAAACCCUAUUUUAUGUAUUGUAAAUAAGAAGUUAACUCAUGUAGCGGAAUGUAGUUAAACAAAUAAUACAAUUUCUAGAUGGCAUGCACAAGUAACGAAAUAAUAACCACAACAACCACACUGUGUUUAGGUUUAUAAGAUAAAAUAGUCACCAACCAAAAAAAGAAAUGAUGUUAUCAAAUACUGAAUCCAAUUGCCAAAGAAAAGAAAUUGCCAAUUGUUAAUCUUGUACGAUUUCUGUUUGGUGGCGGUCCGCUCCGCAAUCGGGGCCGUCACAAGCUUAAAGAAGCAAGAUCUGAAAUGCACACAUUAAAUAGUAUAAAAGAUCCAAAUAUAUUUGCUCAGGUAAGUUAACAGAUCACUUCAUUCUCAAAAAUCAAAAUAUUCGAAUAAAAAAAGCGCCAACAGUCGAAGCCCAGGUUUCCUUUUGCACCACAUUUUAAAUCGAUAUUCUCAAAGAAAAGGCAAGUGUGUGUUUCGAAAUAAAAACUGCUUUUAUUGUGAAUUUGGGCGCGUGAAAUGAAAAAUAACUUUUGAGAGAUCUAUGUAAAUAGCGAUUUUGUUUUUGAUUCUUUGACGUUUUUGAUUUGUUUUGUAGUGCAAAAAAAAAAUAAUAUAUUUAAAAGAAAUGGAAAAGUUAGUUAAAAUAAUCAAAAGUAUAUGUAUCAAAUAGAAUUAACGUAUAUUUCCAGGGCUUGUUAGGUGAGCGAAAGGGAGAUUAAUUUUGAAAACGUUCUACAUUUAUUUUUAUUCAAUUGAAACAAAAUCGAAAUGAAAAAAAUAAUUAAACCAAUUUUUUGUUUUGAUUCGCUUAUUC